UAGCGCGCACAAGUGGAGUGGAGUGCGAGUGAGAGCAAGGCGUCUCAUGAAUUGACACGUGUAGUUGUGUCACAAAUAGUACACUCUUUAAACGUUUGUUUGUUUGUUUGUUUUUUUUUAAUCUGUUUGGUUUUACAUUUCAACUGGAAUCACCGUGACGUUCCCUUAGAUCUAUACACGGUCUAUAAGUCAUAGGCGAUGGCACCGUCUCUCUCACAAGCCUACAGAAGGCGCUGGUGGAUGGCCUUGACGGCUAUAAUUGAGAAUCUGCUAUUCUCUGCCGUGUUGCUGGGCUGGGGCUCACUACUAAUCAUGCUCAAGUCUGAGGGUUUCUACUCACAUUUGUGCAAAGAAAAUGAGACCGAGCAUCAUGUUAAUGGAAGCUUGGAGGAGAGCAAUGUGUGGCUGAGCUGCGUUGAGCAAGAAGAGAUCCUAAAUCUUGGCUUUACCAUCGGCUCGUUCAUCAUCAGCGCAGCCACUCUGCCACUCGGAAUCCUGAUGGACAAGUAUGGGCCACGCCCCCUGCGACUGCUAGGCAGUUCCUGUUUUGCCUUCUCAGUGAUGUUGGUUGCUGUGGCAGCGUAUGAUCCUUUAAUAUUAUCACCUCUCAUCUUUAUUGCUGUCUCCUUCAAUGGCUUUGGAGGAAUAUGUCUGACCUUUACUUCAUUAACGCUCCCUAACAUGUUUGGAAAUGUCCGGUCCACCAUUCUUUCGCUUAUGAUUGGCUCCUAUGCUUCCUCUGCUGUUACCUUCCCAGGAGUCAAGCUAAUCUAUGAUCUAGGGGUUUCAUUCCGCUUGAUCUUCUGGGUGUGGUCAGGCUUGGCGUUCCUCGUCUUCAUCAACUGCUUACUUAAUUGGCCUGUGGAGCCUUUUCCUGCCCCUGAGGAGAUCAGCUACAUUAAAAAAGUAAAGCUGAGUGGUGUAGCAAUGGAUCAUAAGGUGACGGGGGAUCGCUGCUACAGUCAUAUAACCACUGUAGGGCAGGGAAUGACUAAAAAACAGGUUUUGGAUGAGUAUAAGCAAAGUAACGGAACAGCUGAAGAGAGCCAGGAUUCCCAGCCAUUUCGCCGCUCUAUGUUUUCUGCCAUCUUCUUGUGGAGCUUGAUCACCAUGCCGAUGACCCAGCUCCGUAUCAUAUUUUAUAUGGGAGCCAUGAAUAAGAUGCUGGAGUUCCUGGUUACAUACGGUGACCCCAAUGCUCCUGAAGACUUGAUAAAAGAGGCAGAAGAACAAGUCAGCCUCUACUCAUCUAUCUUUGGCACUAUGCAGCUGCUGUGUCUCCUGACCUCUCCUCUUAUUGGCUACAUCAUGGACUGGAAGAUGAAAGAGUGUGAAGAGGACAGUAGUUUGGUGGAUGGAGAGAAAAGGCCACCCAAGAGAGACAGGAAGGUCCAGAAACUCACCAAUGCAAUCAGAGCUUUUAUCUUCACCAACAUCUUACUAGUGUUGUUUGGAAUCACAUGCCUGAUAGACAACCUUCCUCUCCAGUUGGUGACUUUUGUUCUUCAUACUGUUGUAAGAGGUUUUAUUCACUCUUGCUGUGGAGGACUCUAUGCUGCUGUGUUCCCAUCUAACCACUUUGGCACUCUGACGGGUCUGCAGUCUCUACUGAGUGCCCUGUUUGCUCUUUUCCAGCAGCCACUGUUUGUCUACAUGUUGGGUCCACUCAAGGGAGACCCGUACUGGAUCAACUUUGGGCUGCUUAUUUUCUCAUUGGCUGGCUUCCUGUUGCCAGGAUACCUGUUCUACCAUCGCAGACAUCUGAUUAAACAGAAAAAGGUACGGGAUCAAGCAGCAGCUGGCCAAUCAGCAGUUGCUCUUAACCAGUCACCGAAUGGCCCCGAGAACCUCUACAGUGAUGAGACUGAUGCAGACGAGGCUUAAGAAGGAACGAUGUAGAAAACUCAUUUGUGGCAACGCAGUCCUCCGUUUCUGAGCCACAAACAUAAAUGCAAAACUUUACACCAUGGGCAUUUUUCAUGAGACUUUCAGGGAAAUUUCUAUUUAGCAAUUUGUUCGGAUUCAAAAAAAGGGAGCAAUUAUAUAUUUUAAAAAAAGAAUCGCACAAUUUGUAAAUUUAAAAAAGGGAGCAAUUGCAGAAAAAAUGCAUGAUUUGUAAAUUGCAUUUUAUGCAGUUUAUGGACGUUUAGGUCUUGUGACUGAACCAGCAGAGUUUUGUUUUUUUUAAUAACAUCAUUUAUCAAGCUGUAUAUGAAGGUAUUUGUAAACCAUUCAGGGGGAAGUUGCACAAAAUCUUGUGUUAAUGGAAAAAUAAUUGGUUUUGGUAAAACACUUGUAUUCUAUAAAAGUAUUUUUUUAAAACAUAAAUAGAGUCAUUAAAUUGAACAGGAACGUUCAUAUCGCAUAUUAAUUGUGCAGAAUUUAUAUACAGUCGAUGCUGUCAUGCUUAAAAGCUUAUUUAGCUUAUUUCAGUUACACACAUUUAUGUAAUGAAAACUUUUGCAAAACUCAAAGUUAUGUUCUGUGAAUAAGAAAAUUUAGAAAAAAAAUCCAUAAAUCUAAAGUACAUAAGCAUAAAAAGAAAUGGCAUCUAAUAAGAGGAGGAAGAGCAUGACGGACUCUGACUCUGUAUGUUGUAGCUGUGGCAGUGCAGUCGCUAAGCUGCACUAUUGGGGGAUUUAUAGCCACACAGUGCUUAGAGGACACUUUUUCAACAUUUAUCUGUCAUUUUGUAAUUUUCAGCUCUCUGAUAGCACUUCUAUUUAUGGUCUUAUGUAUUGUGACCAUCACUAAACAUAAAUCUGCUGUGUUAUGAAUGUGCUUAGUUGUUUACUGUAGUGUAUGGAGAAACCUGUUAAUGAAACUUUCUCCGAAUCUGGCCUACAAAUGUAGCCUACGAAAACUUUUACAGGCUACACUUAAAUUAUUGACUGAAGAAUUUAAUGCACUUUACAAUGAAACAUCACAUUACACAGACUGGCUGCUUUCAUCAAAAGCUACCUAACGUUAGAGCUCAGUUAAACCAUUACAUCUAAUCUCUAGUCUGUUGGUACUGCAUGUGUCUGUUUAGAGCUGGUUUUAAUAUAAUGUUCUCUCAGUUCCUGAAGUUUGUAGAAGAAUGAGUGGAUGAAAAAAUGUACACUCAUUAUUAUAUUAAUUAUAAUUUAGCAUGGUUUGGAAAUCAGUGCCUCUAUUUCUUCUGUCAUGAGGUCAUGGUUUCUAACCCCUUGAGUAAGAUGUUAAUCCAAAACAACUGUUGUAUCCUUUCUCAACUGUAAGUGACUUGGGAUAAAAUCCUAAGCCACAUGAGCGAAUGUAUAUUAAUGUAUGGCUGCCAAAUCUUUUGCUAACUGCACUUUGAGCUUGUACAGUUUCAUUUUGCACUUCAGGUGUAUGAAAGCAUUUUCUUGUCAGAGUUAUAGACCUAUAGUCAGUCUACUGUACAUAUAGAAUUGUGGAAUCUUAUGAUGUUUGGAGAAUAUGGUCAGCUAGUCCUGUUUACUGACGUGCUGUAAAUCACCAGGAAUGUAUUUGUAGACUUCUGUUGUAAAGUUUGAUAAAUUGCACUUCUGCUAUCAGGGAUUUUAUUUGCCUGUGAACUCGCUUUUUAUGUAUUAAUUGUUCUCAUACUAUAUUAGACAACAGUCUGGACCUUCAGCAAUUUACUUUAAAUGCAAAAAGGAUGGUUUUAUCAAUCUACCUGUCUGUCUGUCUAUUUCUUAUAUUAUUGUAGCUGAUCAAUGUAGGUUAACAUCCCAGGGCUGCCAGAGAAUUUAUAUUUUUUUAUAGGAUUCUGCUUCCUUUAUAAAUAACUUUGGAUAAAAGAAGUCAAUGCACUGUACUUCAGCAACUGGGGUAUUAUUUGUUAGCCUAUUGAUGGUUUCUACUAAAAUUAUAUAUUUUAUUCUGUAAUCAGAUAUGCCUUCUAUAAUGUGAAGAAUGAUAUAUAUAUAUAUAUAUAUAGCUAUUUCUUACAAACUCUGGCUAUAAAUGAAAUUAUCACUUCCUUGGUG